CAGUGCCCUAACCUGCAUUCUUCAAAACCAAUUCAGAAAUUUUUCUACCCACUCACAAGUUGCACCCAAAUAAUCGUCGGUGUUAUAAACAUUUUUUUCGUUGUUUUAAUUUCUUAUUUUGGUGACUAUUCUGUGCGUGAUUUAUAUAUAUAUAUAUAUAUAUAUAUAUAUAUAUAUAUAUAUAUAUAUAUAUUUUAUUAUAUUCUAUCAAGAUGAUACCUCAAGAUAUUUUAAUGGUUCUUAUUCUCUACGCGGUUUCAUUGUUACCAGAAUAUACAAAAGCGUCAUGUUAUUUCCCGCAAGAAUUUCAAGGGGAAUUCGCAAUGCAAAGCACUACAACUCCCUAUCACCCAUCGCCAGGCAUCGGAAUACAGUACAGCACCCUUAAUAUUACGGAAAAUUCGAUACCAAUUUGGGGUAACUGUCACCGCAGGAUCGGAAACAACUUCAUCCUCAUGUUCAAUUACAGCGAAACACUUUGUGUGAGAUGCUUACACCUGAAAUUACGUUCCUCAAACGUCUUACAAAUAUUUGCCGCCACUAAAGAACCGAUAUCCAAGUGUUUCAUAAACGAAGAAGCAGCAGAAGCAAAUUGUCCGUCAGAAGAUUCUUUGCAAAACAAGGAAUCCACGGAAAUUUUAUUAUUCAAAACUAAAGAUAAUUUUGGAUUGUAUACAUCAACACAAUAUUGCCCAAUGGACGGGAAUUAUAUUCUCAAUUACAAAGGCACUUCGAGAAAAAGCCCCAACGAAUGUAAAGGCUAUGUUUCUGUAGCCAACUCUUGUCCCUCUGGUUCGGAAUUGAACGUUAGACUAAGAAAUUGCACAUUCGAAGGUUAUGAUAUGAAAUUUGAAUGUCUUGGUCACUGGAAAGGCAAUAACGGCGAAAUCUUCGUUAUUUUCACGGACAGCAGACACACGAAAAACCUUAGACCCAAGUACAGAUGUGCAGUUUAUAAGCGAGAUCCGACAACGGGUAAAAUACAAAUGGCGCUUAGCAGAGAUUCAACUUGCAUAACCGACCUUCAUAAUAUAACUAGCGGCUUCGAAACAUUCUCUUUGACACCAAGAUUAGAGAGACCCUGGCCAGCAGAAGUUUCAUUUGAAUCGUGCAGCUUUCCCCAGUGGAUGUAUGGUGACUGGGAACACGUAAACGUUACACCCGACACUAUGAUUUAUAAAGAUCACACUUCCUUCAAAACCCAUACUAUUAAAUGUGUAGCUGUAUCAGAUGCAGGUGACAAGUACUUGGUGUUCAGCAGAACGCAAUGUGAUGAAGAAUAUUACAAUUGUGUGAAAAUAGCUAAUAGAGGAGGUAAUAUUUUAGAGUUUCAACUUGGGACUAACACCAGUACUAAUAAAGAUGACGUUUUUACUUUAUGCGCAAAUGAAAACUUCCAACCAGAUUCUUGGAUAACUCAAGGACGUUUGGAAAUACCCCCUACUAUGUCCAGCGAAAUGUGUCCCAUAACUGGCGAAUACACAGGACGAAUUCCAGAUGCUACCGAUUUAUGUGCUAAACUAUGGUCUGACUGUAGAGCACCAGAAUAUAUGUAUUAUCAGGUAUCUCAUUGUGAAACUGAAGAAAUUUACGAAGAAAGAGAAUAUCAGUGUUUGGGCCAUUGGAGAGAAAAGAGAUUUUUAUACACUUACACUGCACGAAGAGACGUAGCGGCUGGUACUUAUGAAUGUUUCGUAGGAUCAAUUUUCAGUGAAACCGAAAUUUUCAUUAAAGAAGCUGGGGAACAUUGUCAGAGAAAUGUUGAUCCUUCAAGAUAUGGAAUGAAACUUAUUAAGAAACAACCGUUAUAUUCUUGCAUAGAAAAAAGUACAACGCCUAGACUCGUUCCUAGAACAACAACCAAGUCAGCGAGACGUAAAACUACGGCUGUUAGUAUUAAAGAAACUACGCCCAUACCCGACAUUGAAUCCAACGAUAUUCCGGAUAUUCCAAAAGAAGAAACUAACCACUCAGGCACAUCUUCCAUCAUCAGUCAGCUUCCAGUUGCGAGAUAUUUAUUAUCAAUUAUUUUGAUUUUUGUGUAUUUCUAUAAUUAAUAUGUUUUAAUAUGGAACAAACUUUCCGCAGAAGUGAUAUAAGCUGUGGUCUUGCCAAAUACAGCAUCAGUAAUUUGAAAAAAAAUUUGCACAUCACACUAAGAAAUAUGACAAUAAUACUUGAUACGGUUACUAGAAUUAACUUAACAAAUAACUUCUUUGCUAAAUUUCAUAUAGGAACCUUUCUACCUCUAUGAUGAUGUAAAUUAACAAUAAAACGAAAUUUGAUUAGCUAUUUUCUGAAUGUUGUAACCUUGGUUUGCGAAAUAAUUUCUUUCACCUAUUUUUGUUUGUUCCUCUUGAUUUAUUUUUAUAUGAAUAUGUCAGACAAGAGAAUUAUAUCGAUUAGAAAAUUUAAAAAAUUUAUCAGAACAGAUCAAAACUAAAAUUUAGUAUUAGAAAAAUUACCGUUAUUUUUAUUUGAUUUUUAAAUUAUGAUAUAGGUGAACAUGUCUAAAUAUAACAACUAAAAAAAAUUUACAUCGACACUAAAAAAGCAAAAUGUAUACUUAUUGACAUUAGAAUUGUUAGACCUAGAAGGAAUAAUGUUUUGACUUCGAUUUUUUGGCUUAUAAUCACCAUCAACUAUGUAUUUUUAACCAAUUUUCCAAAAUCAAAAAUUUUUUAAAAAAAAAAACCUGUUUACUAAAGCCGAUUAGUAAUAGCAAGUUGGUCGAUAUACGUGGGUAUCGAGCCUUUGGUUUCUUAUGUUUACAUUUUUCUUUGAAUGUGUACCACUGUCCUCUACGUUAAACUUGAAAUUUUGCCGUGACUACACGGGUCAUCAUAAUUGAAUCCUAUCAAAAAUGUGGAGGAUUUGAUGGGGAGGGAACCCUCGUUGAAUACAUAAUUUUUUCCAAGUUCAUGUUAAUAAAAUUUCUAGCGAAAAACAAUAUCGGUAAAUUAAUACUUCUGGAUGUAACACUUAUAAUGUCACGGAGUGCUCAUAUACGAGGAUGGAAGUAACCAACAAGUAUGAUCUUUCUUUUUAUUUUUGAAAUAUAUUCCGACUAUAUUAUAAAUUAUUUAUUUUUGAUAAAAUUGAAAUAAGUCUACAAAUCGUUUAUUUCAAAAAAUUCUAUCUAUUUUCUUUUUUUUCAAUAAAAUAUAAAUUAAGUGGAUAACAUUCAUAUUUGAAUUAAAUAUAUUACACAGCAAGGCAACAUCUUAGAUAUAACAUGAAAAUCAUUUCCUUCAGUUUACUAUGAACAAUUGUCAUGUACUAAUUUAUUUGUCUAAACACAAACUUUGAUCGUUUGGGACUAUGUUAUUCUGCCAUAAUAGAUUUUAGUAGACUCUUUAAUAGAAAGUAAUAUUUUUAUAUUUAAAUUGUUUUUAUUUAUAUUCUUGUUUCAAGUACAAUGUAUAAUUUUAUAAUAAAUCACUAAAAAGUAUUACGUAAUUCAACGAAAAACACACCAAAUAUAUAUUCUAAUGUACAUUUAAUGAAAUAGGAUAUAAAAAUGUACUGAUUUUUCCUGUAACUUAUGUGUGAUGUAGUACCUAUAUACAUUCAACUUCUUGGUUCGGAUCCAAGAAUACUUCGCCUCAGUGAUUUUGACUCUAUUGUGAUUUAAAUAUAUUUAUAUACUUAUUAUACGUAAUAAAAAGUACUUAACUUAGUUUUACAGUUUUAUUUAUCCCAACUUACCUUCCAAAUUAAAAUAUAUGAUUAACUAC